CGAGGAUCAGGCACAGCAAGGCGACCAGACAGAACCUGGCGCCAGAUCAUGCUGCAUUGUCUGGUGGGUAUUACGUGCGCCGGCUGCGAUCCCUGCUUGAUGACCGAGAGGCCGUUGAUAUUGACCAUCAUCCUUCCGUUUAUAAGGUAUCUCGACAACUUCUGAUUUCUUCCUCUGUCGGUACCCACCUUCCUCCCUCACCUAUUCGGCCGCUCUAGUCUUCUAUGCGAUGUCCCUGUCGGGUGUAUCCUGGAAUCACUACUACCCCGUCAACCAACUUCCGGCAAGGCAGGAAUCCAUUUCCGGACUUUUCCCUCAACAUCCUCAUUCAGCCGCCUUCUUCAACCAUCACGGGGCUGCUCCCCAUUUUAGGUCUCUCAAUCGCCCAUCUCACAGCCACAGAUCUUUCAACAUGAAUGCCUUAUCUACCGACGAGAUGGAGAAGUUCCAGAAACUCUCCAAUGAGUUCCAGGCCAACGUACAGGGUCCCGCGGUUUCGUCCAAAUUAUCGAGUAGCAUGGUCGCCAUGGAAUAUGCCAAUGCCGAUCCUGCCUUCAUCACCAAGACUGCAGCUCUUGCAGUAACACAUCCCCUGGUACGCACCAUGAAGGGAGACGGAAACUGCGGCUGGAGAGCGGUCGCGUUUGGAUAUUUCGAGAAUCUUCUCAAACUACAGAAUCUGGUGCUCGCGCACGACGAAAUGAACCGGAUCAAAUCGCUCAAUGUGCUCCUGGAUCGCACGGGCCAACAGGAACAUCUGUACGAGAUCUUCGUCGACGCGACGGAAGGGGUCUUCCAUCAGAUCAUUGAAGCCAUCCAGAAUGGCAUCAUUGACGACACGUUUCUAGUCGAGGCAUUUAAUGAGGAAUACAAUGCCAGCGCCAUCAUCACUCAUUUCCGACUUCUCACGAGCGCCUGGAUGAAAUUGAACGCCCUUCGCUACCAAGCUUUCCUCUCGCUGCCGGUGGAUCAGUACUGUGCGACACGCAUCGACACGGUGAAAACCGAGGUUGAUGAAGUCGGCCUGCAAGCGUUGGUGGAUGGGGUGAUCGAGGCAUCCGGAUUUGCGGUGGAGAUCCUCUACCUGGACCGCAGCGAAGGGGAUGUUGUCACGCCCCACCUUCUCACCCCAAACCGGGUGACAGCAGCCACGAUCUGCUUGCUGUACCGCCCGGGCCACUACGACCUUCUCUACGCGGUCGAACCUACUGUGAAUAUGGAACCCGUGGUUAAUUAUCAAUACGCAAUGACUUCUAACUACUCCCCCUGGGAUCAAGGUGCACUCUCGUUCGACGUCAACUCCAGCUUGAUGUCGAUCCCUAAUCUGAUGAUGGACCCGUCAUUUGCGCUUGCGCCGUCGCCCAUGCCUUCGGCUUCACCCAGUCCAUUCCGUGUCUCGCCGCCCCUUGAAGUGUAUGCACCACCCAUUAUGCACACCUCACCCCCCCCUCCGCCGAUUUCGCUGGCAUCGCCCCCGCCCCCUCGGAUGUCAGCCCCGCCAGCUCCGUUGUCAUCGUUGCCUCGCAAGUCGGAUGGCCCUCAGAUCCGGCUGAAUCCGCUUGUGAUGAAACCGAACUUGAGUCAUUCGCUGCCGGUGACGACUCCGUUCAAAAAUUCUCCGUACAAUCAAGCGCAUUUCCAGAACCAGGAUUUUGAGCCCAUCCAUUGGGAGCCCUCCGACCAUCGGAAGUAGGGUUGUGUGAAGUUCUCCCUUGAGUUCUCCCUUGCCUGUUAUUCUACUCAACUACGAUCGUUAACGACUGAACAUAUGUUCUUUUGCCAUCUACUACACAUUCAAUACACUACUAGGCUUAUUUCGGGUAAUGGACUGGGUGUUUUUGUUUUU